AAAACAGAUACAUUUCUGUUAUCUAUUUACAUUGUCCCCCUGUGCCACAACAAUUAAGGAACUGUUGACAUUUUUGAUUAUAGCUCAUGAAAUUUGUUUAAACUUUAUAAUUAUUGUUUUAUGAAUUAUGAUUAAAUGGAGGAUCUAUUCGGAACAGGCUUAUAAGCUUGUUUAUAGAACUGGGUGGAGAAUUCGGUAACAGUGGACGAGGAGAUUACCAUCGUUCAUCGCAAAUCAGAGAUGGAAGACUCAGAGCCUUCCAACGGUGUAGAAGUCAAGAAUCGCAAGUCCGGACUGACUAUAGAGCCAAUCAUAAUGUUAAUAAGUCUCGGAAUGUACUCAAACCUGAUGGUACAGACAAAUCUAUUUGAAGAACGUGUAUGCCUCCAUAGUGAUCUCGGACAAAAUAAGUCUGUGAAUUGUUAUAAUAUGACUGCAGCAGAUCAAGAAAUAGUUCAGCCUGCUGUGGCAAAUUUAAAAAUGAUUAAAAAUCUGAUUGAGACAUUGGCGCCUUGUAUAACAUUAUUGUUUUUAGGCCCCUGGAGUGAUGUAAACGGUCGCUUGCCUUUGUUAUUAACAGCAAUCUCAGGUUUGGUAAUAUCUAACUGUAUGUACAGUGUAUUUUCUACGAUUUCAAGUCUGCCUCCGAUAAUGUUUUUGCUGUGCAGCAUACCUGUUGCUGUCAGUGGUGGCAAUAGUGCAUUGUUUAUGGCUGCAUUAUGUUAUAUUGUUGACAUCACUGAUUGCAAAUCAAGAGCUUUCAGGUUAGGUGUGUUUUAUGCAUUUACCAACUUUGGCUCAAUACUUGGAUCUGUAAUGAGUACAAUAUUGUAUGGUAAAUCUUCUACGUAUUCAUUUUGCCUAUCAUCAUUUGCUUCGAUUGUUGGACUCCUUUGUACUUAUAUUUUUUUAAAGGAAACAGUAACCACCAAAGAGGGUGCAGAUCCAAAACUUUUCAACAUCAAACUGGUAAAAGAUAUGUGGCAAACUGUUAUGAAACAACGAUUUGGCUUCUUGAGAUGCAUAAUUAUACUAUCUGCUGUGUUAUUAACUAUCAAUUUAAUCAUUUUAUUUGGAGAAAAUUCUUUCAUGUACAUGUACCUACAGAAACAAUUUUCGUGGACGUUGGAAGACUAUACACCGUUUUUUGUGUAUACUACACUUAUACAUGCUACCUUUCCUGUGAUCGUUGUUUAUGUGUUAAAUACCAAAUUACAAUUGCCUGAGAUGUAUAUUGGUACUGCUGUUGCAGCACUUGGAAUUUUUGAAAAGGUUGGUUUGGCAUACUCGGUGCACCAGUGGCAAUUUUACACCAUGAAAACUGUUGAAUUCACCAUGUACAUUUGUCAAUCGUUGGUUCGGUCUCAAUUAUCCAAGAGUUUUCCAUCUGAAGAUUUAUGUAAAAUAUUUGCAUUCCUAUGUGUAAUCGAAAAUUUUGGAGUAUUACUCUACUCGCCAAUGUACACUGCUGUCUAUGUUACAACAAUCCAUGAUUUUGCCAAUUGCUUCCUCUUCUUAUCUGCAAUACUUUGCAUGUUCAUAUUUGUUUUAUUCGGAACAAUAUCAUUCUUACUGUCAAGAAGCACCAUAACUGAUGAUUUAUUAGUAGAAAACCAAUUUUAACCAG